GGCCGCUGCUCCUCUCUUUCUCCUCCAAUCGUCGGUGGUCUUUUUCGGGCCUGAAACAUACGGGAGCUAGCAGAGGAGAGAGCUAGCAAAGGAAGAGAUCGAUCGAGAGAGGUAGUAGGCAAGAUGAGCGGCAAGGCUCUCCUAGUUGUCGCCGUCGUCCUCUUGGUGGGCGUAGCCUCUCGGUGCUCGGGCAGCAGGGGCCUGCAUCAGCAGGGCGAUCACGUUGCUGAACAGAAGUUCCAAACAGACGGUACCGGCAAUGGGUACGGAGGUGGCGGCGGCGGGUACGGCGGUGAUGGGGGCGGCGGCGGCGGCGGCGGCUACACGCCCGGGUACUCUGGCACCGGGACCUGCGACUACUGGAAGAGCCACCCGGACGCGAUCGUCUCGUGCGUCGGGUCGCUGGGCAGCGUCCUCGGCUCCCUGGGCGACGCGUGCAGCGCCUUCUUCGGGGGCAAGCUGCAGACGCUGCAGGACGCGCUGUGCAACGCCCGCGCCGACGGCUACGGCGACCUCCUCCGCGAGGGCGCCGCGGCCUACCUCAACUCCGUCGCCGCCGCCGCCGCUGGCAAGUACGCCUACACCACGCAGCAGGUCAAGGACUGCAUCGCCGCCGCGCUCUCGUCCGAGGCCGCCGCCGCCGCGCAGGCCGCCAUGUUCAACAAGGCCAACUACGCCUGCCACUAUUACUAGCUAGCUAGUCCUCACAGUUUGCCUUCGAUCGUCUAUCUGCGUCGUCUUUCCAUGAUGAUGCAUGACGACGCGCGCCCGUCUCCUUGUCUGGAGCAGUAGUAGUGAUGCUUGCUUUCUUGUCGUUGUUUGCUGAUGUGAGAAAUAAGACGAUGCUGGGUAGUAAUAGUAAUAUAAUAACGGUCGUUGUUCUUACGAAA